ACAUCAGCACCGCGCGACUUCGUCAUUCCAAUCCACCACCACCAACACCAUUGCCAUUGUCAUUGAUGAUAACGCUACUCGUGUGGGAUACUCCUUAUAGCGAGAUGCUCGACCCCGUUGAAUGGCAAACUGAAUACCGUGUUCAUCCGUGUCGUGUGAUCCGAUCGAGUUUCCAAGCGCGGCGAGACGAUGCUUACUCGACUUUCGGGCGCCUCGGCGCCACAGUGUGUUGGUGCUAAAGCCGACGUGUACGUACGAUGCAUCGCGAACGGAGCGAAAUCAUGCAGAGGCUGAGAGAAGAAACAACAACAUUCGAUACGCGUUGGUACUAGUGAUAGUAUCCAUAAAAUCGAUGGCAUCGAUGCCAAUGAUGGUAUAUAUAAGUAGUGAUAGUGGUAGUGGUAGUGGUUUGUGACAGUGGUAGUGGUAGUGGUAGUGGUAGUGGCAGUGCGGUGGUAGUGGUAAUGCAGAGGUAGUGGUGGUAAUGUUAGAGGCAGCAAAGUCACACAGGCAAAACCAGUUGGGACUCCAUCGUACGCGUGUGAGAUGAAAGUGGUUCGAACGCACGAGGAGAGUACAAACUUAGUACGUUGUCGGCCGCGCUCGAGUAAGGACGUGCUCCGUUAUCUCGGUUGUUACACUCGGUCUUCUAAAGUCGAAUCAAGUUUACUGCGCACGUACGCGAGCAAAUUUUCGCACAAAGCCUCGCGAUCGUGGCCAUGAUCUGUUUUCUUCCUGUAAUUCUCGACUUUUCGAUGAUUGCUCGCAAGAAGGUGACGAAGCUCAAACACACGCACUGAUGAUAAAGAGUGGCCCGAGGGAGAGAAAGAAAAAUCAGGGGAACUGCUGUUGGAAAAGAAAAGAGAGCAAGUCGAAGCUACAGAUAGCACAGGAAGAAGGAGGCAAAGAGUUGCAACCCGGCUACCGGCGCAACCCGUAAACCUGUCCCGCGACACGUGUUCGUAGUUUUUACUCCGUAAAAAGUAGUGUAUGCACGGAUGAAGUAACGCGCGUGUGGUGAUCAAGCGCAAAAGAAACUUGGUGCUUAACGGCGAAAACGUAGAAAACGACGCGUCUUCUUGUCUCUAGUUUAUCUCCAAUGAAAAUGACCAGUCACGUUGUGGAAUCAGCUUCCGAGUUGUCGGCUUUGAUGAAAGUCGGUGCAAUGUCCAGUUCGGAAAAGGACGCCGGUUUCUGCAGCGGCGGAGACGAGGACGACAUAUCGGAUCUACGUUCACCGAGUGCCUCCGAAGACAGUCUCGAGGUGCAGAUAACCCCGAUAUCGUUGAAGAAUAAAAGAAAGUUGGCCGAGCCACGGAAAAUUCACGAGCCGAGCACAGCUCCGUUGAAGAAGCGCAGAUUCCAGGGAAUCGAGGAAGAAACCAUGCCAGACGAGGAAUCGACCAGAACGCUUCUUCGAUCACCGAGCCCGUUUCGACCGUGGAGUUACACCAGCAGCAAGACCAUCGACGCGAAACACCCUUUACCUUCGAUUGCAACUGCGAAAGAGACUCUAGCCGAUCAAUCGACAACCUGUGUUUUCUCCUUGCUAACGAACUUGUCGUCGUCCACGAUUCCCUCCACGAUUUCGAAUCGGAUUAACAACAACCAUCAUCAUCAUCACCAUCAUCAUCAUCACCACAAUCAUCAUCAUCAUCAUCGUCACCGUCUCCACCAUCACCAUCAUCAUCAGCAUUGCUGCCAGAAGAACGACUGCGAUCACGAGAACGACGACGACAACGACAACCAUCGACAAAGUAAUUCAGAUCGUGGCCACGAUUCCGACGAUGGCGACACGUCGUUUGGUAAAAAGACCAAAGAGGAGGACCCCCUUCGGAAACAAUUCGAGUCGCAAAGUCGAGAGAGUUUGGCCAACGGGGCGCGACAGUCGUGCCCUGAAACGCGCGCGCUUCGAAACGAAAAUCGAGAAGUCUCGCGUGAGAAACUGGACGACGUUGCAACCUCGUGUGCAACGUCCACGUCCGAGACGAUGCUCUCGUCGACCGCGACACCAUCUCCUGUCGCGCACCCCAGACUACUGCAAGAGGAACCCUUGUCGCUCGUUCUGAGGGGCGACGUGACUGCCAGAGUACCCUCUCACCCAGCGGUGAACGGUAACUACGAGAAAACUGACUCGUACUCUGUGGAACGUGCGAACGCUUCUUCGUUAUCUUCAUCUCUGUUAUCGUCGUUGUCGUCGUCUUCGUCGUUGUCCUUGACAUCGUCCUCUUCGUCUACCUCCUCAUCUUCUUCUUCCUCUUCUUCGUCUUCUUCGUCUUCGUCUUCGUCUUCGUCAUCAUCGUCUCAAUCGUCCCGCCAACAAAAUCAUCGAUCCUGCUCGAUAACGGAGACAACGGCCGCGAUGAUAACAGCGGUGGUGAGCACGUCGACGACCACAGUGACGAUGACGAGCGUCCAGAACAGCCUGGCGAGGCAACAGCCGACAGCGGGCCAACAGAGAAACUACAAAAACAUGACGCGCGAAAGGAGAAUAGAGGCGAACGCCAGGGAACGAACGCGAGUCCAUACGAUAAGCGCCGCGUUCGACACGCUGAGGCGCGCCAUACCCGCGUACUCGCACAAUCAAAAGCUCUCGAAGCUGUCCGUGUUGAGGAUCGCGUGUAGUUACAUCAUGACCCUCGGGAAGAUCGUUGAUAUCAUCGACGAGGGCGAGCCAAUCAACGGCGCUUCGCUAGGGGCUUGCGUAGACCUCGUGUCUAAAACCAUACAGACCGAGGGUAAACUGAGAAAGAGAAAAGAAGACUGAGCACCCACUCUCUCGUUUGAAUUCAAAAAAGAAGCGCGAUCCAACACUUGUAUACCUAUGUAUGUGUAUAUAUGUGUACGUACGUCGACUCUCGUCAAACCCACCGAUUGUUAAGGUCGAGAUUCCACCGGCGUUUUACAAGCUGUAAACUGUAUCGCAUCGCCAAGUGGCGUUUUUUCGAAAGUAUGUAGUCGGUUGCGUUGACACUUUGACGGCCGCAUGAUGUUUAAACCAAUCAUCAGACUAUAAUUGAUAAUUAUAGUACGUUCUUUGAUAAAAGUUCUUUGGCUUGCUCAAAUUGGAGAUUAUCUGCGUGCCCAUAGAUCCUCCAUAAAUCUCGGUUAAUUUGGCGUGUGAGUUUUUUUUCCAAAAAAUAACAAUGCGUACCAGAAGUAUCACGCAGGCAAACCAGAAGUGUGUACUGCAAUACGAAUUCGAGGCCUGGAAUCGUUUUUGUAUUAUCUCACAAAGCGGCAAAGUCACACUUUGAGAUCCAGCGGAGAAAAACGCUCGCAGAGUCCGAAACCUAAAAACUGAAAUAACAAGGAUCGACGACCAGUGUAUCAACGAAAAGAUGGAGCAUCUCCGAAUCAUGACUGAAACGUUACAAUCGACAUCGGUUGCAAAGAUUUUCGUUUGUUCGUUCGAAUCGCCAAUCAUCGAUUCAGUGAGACGAUAAAUGACGAUGAGAACGACAAUGGUGAUGACAAUGAUAAUUUUGCAAAGGCAAAAGCGCGUCAUCGAAUCACGAAUCGAUGGCAAAAUGUGGAAAAACGAGGUACUAUUCUCACGGUAUAGAAUAGAUUUCGACAAAAUGCAUACUUACGGUGCGAGCAGUGCACUGGUCGUGCAUAUUUCGUUCGAUAAAGUUCGUUGUAAACUGUCAAUACGUGCAUCCAUCCAUCUACAAAUGCAUAUUGUAAAAUUACUGCGAGUUUAUACAUGGCUCGCGUCUACUUCUACUAAUAAUUCGAAUAAAUAAAACAUGAAACAAA